UCAUGCUGCUGCCAGGUCCAGAGUCUCUCAUGGGUCCCUGUACGGCCUCCCAUUGCUGCUGUCCUCCAUCGCCACACUCUGCCAUGUGCCACUUUCAGGUCUCCUCACACUGCUGUGUGUUUCAUUUUUUGUCAUAGGGUGCUGGCAGAUUACGGGCCUCCCAUUGCUGCUGCCAGGCCCCUAAUCUGCCAUGGGCCCCUGUACCGCCUCCUCAUGCUGCUGCCAGGUCCACAGUGUCUCAUGGGUCCCUGUACGGCCCUCCCAUUGCUGCUGUCUCCAUCGCCACACUCUGCCAUGUGCCACUUUCAGGUCUCCUCACACUGCUGGUGUGUUACAUAUUUUGUC